ACCCCCACCUCCUCCAUUCACCUCGGUUCCACCAUGUUCCGUAGCGCCCUCACUGCUCCUCUCCGCGCCGCUCGCGUCAGCGCCGCCAGCACGCUCCCGCGCGUGGCUGCCGCUGCGCCGGUCGCGCAGCGCUUUGCCAGCAGCUCGUCGUCGGCAAAGAAGGAGAUGACGGUGCGCGACGCCAUCAACAGCGCCAUGGAGGAGGAGAUGAUCCGCGACGACAGCGUCUUUGUGCUCGGCGAGGAGGUCGCGCGCUACAACGGCGCCUACAAGAUCACGAAGGGCCUCCUGGACAAGUUCGGCGAGCGCCGCGUCAUCGAUACGCCCAUCACCGAGGCCGGCUUCACCGGCCUCGCCAUCGGCGCCGCCUUGGCCGGCCUGCGCCCGAUCUGCGAGUUCAUGACGUUCAACUUCGCCAUGCAAAGUAUUGACCACAUAGUUAACUCUGCCGGCAAGACGUACUACAUGUCGGGCGGCAACGUGCCGUGCCCGAUCGUGUUCCGCGGUCCCAACGGCGCCGCGGCCGGUGUGGGCGCGCAGCACUCGCAGGACUACGCGGCGUGGUACGGCCAGAUUCCCGGCCUCAAGGUCAUCUCGCCCUGGAGCGCCGAGGACUGCCGCGGCCUGCUCAAGGCCGCCAUCCGCGACCCCAACCCCGUCGUGUUUCUCGAGAACGAGAUUCUCUACGGCAUGAACUUUCCCGUCUCGGAGGAGUGCCUGAGCGACGACUUCCUGCUGCCCAUCGGCAAGGCCAAGGUGGAGCGCGAGGGCAAGGACAUCACCCUCGUCUCGCACACCCUGGGCGUCACGCACUGCAUGAACGCCGCGGCGGAGCUGGCCAAGGAGGGCAUCGAGGCCGAGGUCAUCAACCUGCGCAGCAUCCGCCCGCUGGACAUCGAGACGAUCAUCGCCUCGGUCAAGAAGACGAACCGCCUCGUCACCGUCGAGGGCGGCUUCCCGGCGUUCGGCGUGGGCAGCGAGAUCUGCGCGCAGAUCAUGGAGAGUGACGCAUUCGACCACCUCGACGCGCCCGUCGAGCGCGUCACUGGUGCCGAUGUCGGCACGCCGUACGCCAAGAACCUCGAGGACCUCGCCUUCCCGGAUGCCGCACUGGUGGUCAAGGUCGCCAAGCGCGCCCUCUACCGCUCGUAAAGCCGAGGCGCUGCGCCUGCGCGCGCCGCGGGAGCGCUUGCUGCUGUGCAGCGCCGGCGCCAGCGAGCCCGCUGGCUGCGCUGCUUCUCUGAUGAUGCUCUUUGUUGUUCGUCGAGGCUGAGGG